GAUGCUGAUGGAUUCUGGUUUGGAGGGGCAUUUCUCAAAAGAUGAUGGAAAUGAGAUAGCACUUGACCUAAUUCGUGGUAAGAACUUUCUGAUGCUGAUGGAUUCUGGUUUGGAGGGGCAUUUCUCAAAAGAUGAUGGAACUGAGAAAGUACGAGGAAAGAUGCAGCUGAUUUACCAAUCACAAGGAGCUCAAAUUCAAGAUCUGAAACAAGAGAACUCUGAAGACUCUAGCUAUGCCUGCAGCACCAGUUCAUGGAGUCAGACUAACAGUUUCUCCUGAUACCUCAAGUUUCAGCAGCGAUAUGUUGAAUUUCACUAACAAGAAGGCAAAGAGAAAACAUCAACUUAAGAACAA